AUGAACGCCGAGGCAAAGCUCGUCUUGUCCCUGAUCAGCAGGAUCAUCGCAAGGCUACCAUAUAAUGGACGUACACUCGAGAGCAUAGAGAUGGACCCGCUUAUCCAGCAGUCCAUCAACUCCCUGCUCGACCUCUCACGAUAUCGCCUGGGCCUGAUUUGCCAUCAUCUCGUCAAUCAGCUCGAGAACAUCUCAAAGCAAAAUGGCAUGGUCCUGGAGGAAUCGGUGCCAUAUGACGUCUUGCAGUCGCAGAUGUUUGUGCUCAGGAUCCUGUCGCAGUGCAUGGACGCCCAUUGGAAGGCAUAUAGGGAUCAGCUCACGCAGCACCUUCGGGAAGCCAACGAUAACUCAUCAGAGACCUUGACCAAUGGCUCCGAUUUGACCGUCACCUCCAUUUCGGCCCUGGCUUCAGCACGACACAGCGACCCCCCACCACUGGAUGAUGCGCUCGCCAAAUACGUCCUCAGUGUACUGACUCGGUUCCUUCAGGAUGUUCACCCAAGCGAGGACACUGAUGCGAGGACAGAGGUGCAGAGUAGUAGCAGCAACAACAACAGCAGCAGGAAGAAGGCUAACGAGACAGACAGCGCCCCUAUCUCGUCGUCUCAACCAGGCAACAACUUACAGGAAGUCGAAUUGUCACAGGAGAUUUACAAGACGGCAGGGAAAAUCCUGUUCUACAUCAGUGCCUCCAACUGGCCCAUCGUCUUUGCCCGUCUCAAGGCUCGCAUCCAACACCUUUCGACCACCAACGAUGACUGGCCCGAGACCGCCGAGCUCAAGUUGCUGGAGACUGCCAGUCUGAACCAACGCCGACUUGGCCAAGUUCUGACAGAAUUGCGAUCGUCGUUUUUGCACCUGAAGCGAUCUGCCCAGACGGUGAUGGGUCAGGUUCUCCACAAGGCAAUCUGGAACUGGAUCGAGACAUUCCCCUCGGAAUUUGUCGUUCUCUGCCAGACUCAGAGGCGCAUGGAGGGAGAGCCCCAUAUCCUGUUCGACAUUUGCCACUCUAUCGCCACAGACAACAAGCGCAGGAUACACUUCUGGCCUCUCCAAACCAUGCUCCUGAUUCUCUGUCCCGACAUUCUACUCAACGCCAUGAACGAUGACGAUCGUUCCAACCAGUCCAAGAAGGCCCAGUUCUUGGCUGCACUCAAAAAGUCACUCAGGAACAAGAGUUUGAUGGAGAUUUCAGGACUCUGCUAUGUCGACAUCUGCAAGGCAUCAACCUAUGUCUCCAAGAACGAUACCUCGGCCCUUCGCCACCUUGUUCCUGAAAUCGAGAAUGAGCUCAAGGAACUGCUCUUUACGCCAGCAAAACCAUAUCUGGAUGCGGAUGGCACGAUCGACAAGGCGACGAUGUCGUCAUGUCUGACGGCCUUGUACAGAUUGAACCCUCGUCAUGUGAUCCACUCGCUCAUUCCAGAAUUGUCGAGCGAGAAGGUGCCGAUUGCGUUCAAGCUUGUGCUUGUUACGUCGUUCUAUACGAUUGCGUCUGAGGAGGACCGAUUGCCGUGGAACCCGUCUAUUCAGACAGCGAGCAAUGCGCUGGGAGCACCUCUGAGACGAUUCUUUGCGGAGAAUGUUGUCCGUGAGCGAGUUGCAGAUAUCUUGGCCAAGAAGAUCAACAUUGACCGGAAACUGAAGAAGCAGAUGCUUGAGAACGCGAGGGACAAGCAGGAGCUGAUCAUUUAUCUCCUCAAGAUGUACCAGAUCGACGCUUCGUUGGCUGUUGCCACGGAGACACCAGAGACGGUAGAGGACGAGAUUCACCAGCUGUUGAAGGGACUUUUGCUCUGCUUGAACGAGAGCCACCUCCUCAUUCGCUCAACCGCAGGCAAUGUCCUACUCCAACUCUUUGACUCCAGGAUCAUCAAGCGCUGGGGAUCAGGCGCCAACCUAAUGGUUACCUUCUGGAACCUCAGCUCGGACGUCAUCAUCUCCAUUGCACGUCAGCUCAUGGAGCUCAAGUGCACCGACGAAAAGUCGCGCUUCCUCCUCGAGUUGCUCCAGCAGCUCAUGUCCCGCCGCAACAUCUUCUUGAAGGAGCACCAGGAUCUCGCUAUUGCAUGCCACGAUAUCCCCAAGAGAUUCGCCACCAGUGUCGCUUUGGAAAUUGCGCUCUUGAUUCUCAUCUGCGCUUCAGAUCAGGACAUCUGCACCAUGGCUGUCAACUGUAUCAGUCUUCUGUGUGAGGAAACUGUCAUCACCCAGGAGGUCGUCAACCCCAACGUCGGACAGCUUUCGCUCCUAGAAAACAUCGACGUCUACAUGGAGCUCUCUGCCCCCAGCGCUGUUGUUGCAGGUCGUGUGUCUCAGCAGAAGCGCCUGCGCAAAAUUAUUCGUCAGAUCUCUCAGCCUACACCUGGAAACUUGGGAGCCUGGGAGGAGGCUUACCGCCGUUGGAAGAACAUUACAGUGUUCUGGACAAAGGAUGAGAUCGCCUUCUACGAGAACAUGGAGCCCUUCGAGAAGAACAGGAGCGCCAAACGCUCGACCGCCCUUCCAGCGCCUCCCAAGGGUGGAUUUGUCAUUGACCCCUCAGAUUCUCGCAACACACAGUGGCAACAUUUCACUGGCUUCUUGGCUGCCCUCGCCGGCGCGUCUCUCCCCUCCAACGCCGCCCCUCGCACUAACGCCUCAGGAGAGAACUUCCGCCGUUCCUCAGUCAACGAAACCAAGGCUGCGCAGGGCAAUGUGGAGCGUUACAUGCUCGAUAUGGUCCAGCUUUUGGUCAACGAGCAGGUGUUCGUGCGCGAUGUUGUCAAGCAGACACUCGGCUCAGAACUUUCUCCGGCGCUCUACCCUGUUCUCUUCAAACAGUUGAUCUACGUUGUCUCGCGCUUCUUUGACAGCCACGGAGAACCCAUUUGCACUGAUCAGUACACCAUGUUUGUCGACCAGGCAAUCUCAGUGCUCAAGCUCGUCUUGGAUCGCAUGUCGUCUCCAUCAGAUGCCAUCUUCUCGUUCGAUUUUGGUGCCCUGGUCCUUUACUUUGCUCGCUACUUGCACCGCCUCGGUCAUAGCUUGAACGGUCUGCGUGUCAAGAUCAAGAUGUGCCAGCUCUGUGAGACCUUGAUGCAGAAGAAGGAAUACAUUUCCCUUCGUCAGGAGAUUCGUUUGCGUAACAAGAUGGUCGAGGUCAUGAUUGAGUGGACUUCUGACUUUUCUUUGCCUACGGAGAUGCCUUCAUAUGUCGAGGACAAGGAUGACCCUGCCAACAAUGGAAGACUUUACCGCGAUCUGGAUCUUGCUUGCAUGAAGUCUAUUGUGUCGCUCUUGUAUCAGCUUCCUCUGCAGCCCUAUGAGACCACGCAUGACACCGACAUGACGCAGAUCCGGUCGGCCAUCUUCUACCGUUACUUCAACUUUUUCUUGAAGCUGUUGAACCGGUGUCGUGUUCUGGAGUACAUCGAGUCCGGACCUUCUUACCACCGCCAGAAUAACGAGGACCUUGCCAUCCUCUUUGCCAAGUCAAAAGCGAUCGUCCGGGAUCUUGGACCAUUGAAGGACUAUACCAUCAAGGCUCUGUCCAACAUGUUGAGCGCCAACAUCGAGACAGGAUUGAACUAUUCGCUUUCGAUGGGAUACCACGAGGAUGACAGGACAAGGACAGCAUUCAUGCAGGUUCUCACCAACAUUCUCAAGCAGGGCACUGAGUUCGCCGUAUUGUCUGAGAGCGCCAUGGAGGAUCGUUACGAGAAGCUGAUCGACCUGAUUGCGUCGCCCGAUCUCAAUUUGGUCUUGUCGCUGUGCCACGUUUGCCCAGUCAGUGAGAUUGACGACUUGGCGAUCGUGUUGCUCCACGUCUUUGAGAGCCGUGGUUUGGCCAUGCCCUUGUUGAAGGCCAUCAUCAUGAAGGAGGUUAGGGAGACUGGCGAGUCGGAGCUGUUCCGCAGAAACUGUAUGGCUACCCGUCUGUUGACCGUUUUUGCCAAGCUGAACGGAGCAGAGUACCUUAAGAGCACCCUUCAGCCUCUCUUGAACGCCCUCAUGACCCUCCCAGCCCAAGGCUCUUACGAGUUGGAUCCCGCACGUCUUGGACCAGAGGAGGACGACAGUGUCAACUUUGAGAACUUGAAGAACAUGGCUCAAGUCUUCUUGGACACGAUCACAGACUCGGCCUCCAAGGUCCCCAACUCUUUCAAGGAGGUCUGCUGGUACCUGUCGCAGGCUGUCGGAGAGCGUUUCCCUGAUGCCAAGUUCACCGCAGUCGGAGGAUUCAUCUUUUUGCGUUUCCUCUGCCCAGCCAUUGUCGCUCCUGAGUCCGAUGGCUUGUUGCACGCCCCUAUUGAGAACACUAAGGUGCGUCGCGGCUUGCUGUUGAUCACCAAGGUCAUCCAGAACCUCGCCAACAACGUCCUCUUCGGAGCCAAGGAACCCUUUAUGAUUGUCCUCAACACUUUCUUGACAUCCAACAUCCACAAAGUCACUCGUUUCCUCGGCAAUAUCUCGACCCCUCAACCCAUGGAGCCUGCUUCGACCGAUCCUGCCCACUACCGCGCGAUCGAAGUUGGCGAUCGUUCGUCGCUCCACCGCCAUUUGGUGCUGAACUUGGAGAGGAUGAGCAAGGAUUUGACCAUGAAGACCUCUCAGGAGCUGGAGGAGGACAAGACCUACCUGGCGACCAAGCGAUCCUUUGACACGCUCUCGACCCUUUUGGCACAGCUUGGGCCACCUCCAGAGCGCCAUCGUCGCGAUAUUGUCCCUGUGACGCUGAACAUUCACCAGUACCACGAGUUCAUGCGCAAGAACAGAAGCCGUGUCAACGAUAACAUCCUCAAGGAUAGCGUUUUCUAUGAAGGCGGCCUCUCCAAGGAGAGGAGACCCGUGUUUUACUUUGUCAUGCGUAAGCUGUCGCUCGAGAAUCUUGAUCUCGAGACCGUCAUGUACCGCGUCUUCCUCUUGCUGGAGCCUGUGGCGAACAAGUCGUUUGAUUUGGUGGUGGAUGUUACUGGUUUUGGCGCAUCGAACGAGAUUUCCGACCACAACAUCAGCCAGUUCUUGCAGCUCUUGCCAUCGGAAACUGCUCUGGGAUUGUGUAACCUGUUCUUUGUUAACGUCAACUCGGCCUUCAGGCGCUACACCAAGUCUCUUUCUCGCCAAUUGACUGGACGCGUUGCUAAACGAGUGAUCUUCCCCUCCAGUCUGCAGGAGCUCUAUGAGUUCAUUGCUCCUUCUGAACUUCGCCUUCCCAAAUCGACCACAUCCUUGGAGGCAGACGCUAACAUUGCGAUCGGCGGUGUCAGCAAGCUCACCCCUGGAUCACCCCCUACGCCAGUCCAGUUCAAGAUUGGCCACGAGGUCAUCCAGAUCGUCCUGCAGCGGAAGCAGGAGAUCUUUACGGGAAUGAACUGCCAGUACAACGACGUCUACCACAUCAGCGAGCUGGAUGACAUCUCCAAGGCCCACAGCCGUGGAGACGAUGGCGAGUUCUUUAUCAUCUACGAGGACGGCACCAUGUCGAUGACUUUCACCAGUCCCAAGCGUGAUCAAAUCAUCUCAGCUGUGGCCAAGACCAAGCAGCGCUUCCUGACUACGAAGCCUGCUAGCUACAAUGCCCGCGUGAUUCGACCCAAUGAUGUGCCUGGUACCUUGCUCACCAUGGCGUUGUUCAACUUGUCGAGCCCCGAUUCUGCUCUUCGUCUGGCGUCCUACAACUUGCUCUGCGCUCUUUCGGACACCUUCAAGUUUGAUACCGGUAACCAGUUGCUGAGUGCCAAGGGUCUUUGCAUCCCCACCAACAACGCGCCCUUUAUUCGUCGUAUGAGUGAGAUGCUUGCUAGGACUGAGUCCCACUUGACAUUGGAGUUCUUGACCGAGUGCUUUGUCGGUUUCCAAAAGACCCCCAAGGCCCUCAAGCCUCGCUGUCUCGAGUUCGUGUCGCCCUGGCUGUCCAACCUGGCCAAGUACUGCAGGAGCUCGAGCGACAACCAUGCUGGAUUCGCCAAGACGCGAGAGAUUAUCAAGGGUCUUAUCGACAUGACCGUCAACGAGCCUGAGAUCUAUGGAGCUAUGCAGGACAUCAUCUGGAGCCGCGUCGAGGAGAUUGACGCCUUGGUCGUCCUCGUCCUGGACUUGUUCAUUACAGAGUCAAUGGAAGGCGGUAUUGGAUCGGUUCAGGCCGAGAAGUUGGGCGACUCACUUGUGACUCUGUCGUCGGUGUCAAUCAGCGGAAAGGUCAUCUCUCGCCUGCGCAAAGUGAUCUCCAAGACUGGCCUCAAGCCCAUGCGCCAAUUGACGGACCAUCCUUCCUGGACAGAGAUUGGCGUCUUAGUUCGAUUUUGCAUGAACCUGUCGUUCAACGAUACUAAGGAUGUGCUUAACUUCUUGCCCGAGGUGUGCCACAUUGUGACCUUGUUGGUCGCUGCGGGUGCUUCGGUGGUUCGAUCUGCAGUCCACGGCAUGGUCACUAACAUUGUCCAAGCUUUGGCGACGACCAUCCCUACCAGCGAGCCCAACCACGCCAAGCUUCUGGAUCUGUUGCAGGAGCUUUCUGAGAACAAGUACAGGAUGUUGUUUGGACUAAGCCGGUCUUAUAGCAACUCGUAUGUUAUCUCGCCCGAGACCCUCAAGGACUUUAACGAGCCCAUGCCCCUUUCUUGGCUCGACAACAUCUGCAAAUCCCUCAUGGACGUCGUCGAGCUCGGCUCCCCCACCAACGAUGCGGCGAAUGCGGCGAGAGCUCGCUGGAUGGGAUUGGUGACGAGCACUGCUUUUCAAUUCAACCCUGCCAUUCAGCCAAGGGCGUUUGUUGCCUUGGGUUGCCUGGCCCGCGAGGAGGUGGAUGAUGAUCUGCUGUACCAGAUUUUGGUGGCGCUCCGAGGCGCAUUGGCAAUGUUCACCGAGGCCGACACGAAUCUGAUUGCCAGUAUUGUGAUGUGUCUCACCAACAUUGCGGUCAACCUACCCGCAGAGUCCAGAUACCUCCAGCACCUCUUCUGGCUAGGCCUGUCGAUUGUCGAGAUUGGCCACGUCCCCCUCUUCACGUACGCCCUCGAAUUACUCCAAGCGGUCUUGAAGGUCUUGGAUGCUCAAGGCUUCUUUAUCGAUGAGCCUGUGGAUGAGGUACUGCUGAGAGCUCGUAUGCCCCUGCUGGAUGUGACCAGGGAUCUGGACGAGUCUACGGGCUUGAACUUUGAGACACACUUCUCGUUUGGUGUUGCUGGUGCCCUCUUGAAGGGUCUGAAGCACCCUUCGACGAAGACCAUCACUACCGAUGUGCUGAGGUUGAUUUUGCAGAUCUCAGUCAAGGGCACCACACCUAACAUGGUCGAUGUCCGCGUGAUGGGUUACUUGGCUGCAUUGUUGCCCCAGGCUGCCAGGAACAUGGAGCUCAAGGAGUUGUUGCAGUUGGUCGGCAUCACGUCGAUGGAGGUCAACAACGCGGCCCUCAACGAUACCUACUACAAGAUGUUUGAUUACCUUGUCAUUCCCGACAACACCACCGGAUUGUUGUUGGUUACUCUUGUGGUCACUAUGCUCCAGAACGCCGAGACGGAAUCUGAGCGUCUGUUCCUUUACGCCUUCUUGGCCGAAGCUGCCGUCGCCCUCCCCGAGGUCUUUGCCCUCGUCUACGAGUCCCUGUUGCCAAAGAUGAACCAGAUCAUCAACAGCUCCCAGAUCGUCCCCAUCAUCGACGCAGUCCAGUCCAUCAUCUUCGCAGUCGUCGCCGACCCAGUCCUCAGCGCUGCCGCAGCCAACACCCAAAAGGCAUCCCAACUCGCAUACCUUACUGAGCUGGGAUUCGCGGGAUUGAUGGAUACGGGUGCUCCGGGCUUCAACCCUAGCACUGGACGGCCGACAGUUCAUAAGCAUGCCCUUUUGGUCAGUGAGCUUGUUGAGCGUAUCAUUCAGUAA